AGGUAAGGAAGGAAAAAAAAGUCAUUUUAUGCAGUAUUUUCAUUAUCAAGCGAACUCAUAGUUAUGCGCAUAGCGAAUAAUAGAACUCUUCUUCUCCAAUGUUCAGCUUUACCCUUACCUCAAUUGUUUCUACGCGUGCGCCAUCAUUCAUCUACCAAAUUGUUCGUCGCAGGGCUUUCCUAUAACACGAAUGAAACGGUCCUAAGAGACACAUUUGAACGACAUGGGGAAAUCAUUGAAGUUAAAGUUAUAUGUGAUCACAAGACUGGGGAAUCAAAAGAGUACGGAUUUGUUAGGUUCAAUUCUGAAACUGCAGCUGCCACAGCUCGCAAAGAAUUGCACGGAAAGAUAGUAGAUGGCAGACGCAUUCGAGUGGGUUAUGCGCACAAAGGGUGACUGCCAAGCUUAUCAAACAAUUUCAAUCUGUAAUUUGAUACUCUGAUUUUGUUUUCGUAGUAUUUUUUAUUUUUUUUGCCAACAGAUGCAAGUUUACUUUUUUUUAGUCUCUCUUGUGAAGGCAUGAUUCCAAAUCAUAGAGAAUAAUCUCUCUUGCAACUAGGUUUAUGUAGUUCUAUCUAAUUUAACAUAGGAAAUUUCUGUAUUUUAACAGAAAAUACACUACUGAAAAUAUAUUUUACUGGAUUUAUGCAAAUAAAAAAGUGAAUUGAAAAACUCUUUUAACAUAUCCUAGAUAGCCUCUUUGCAACUCUCACUUGAAGAGACACUAUAGCUGACUUAAACGCAUAGCAGAGGGGAUUCACACACUUCUCAUUCGUUAUUCUCUUCGGUCUGUAAUACUAAUCAAGGUCACAUAAAUCUUGCUUUCAUUUUUAUUUACAGUGAUAGUAUGUUAUGAAUCUUGUUAUGUUCUUCAUGAUGAAUUUAUCAGAUCGUAGAUGGCAGGCGCAUUCGAGUGGGUUAUGCGCACAAAGGGUGACUAUCAAGUUUAUCAAACAAUUUCAAUCUGUAAUUUAAUGCUCUGAUUUUGUUUUCUUAGUUUUUUUCUCCAACAGAUGCUAGUUUUCUUUUUUUUAUUUUCCCUCUUGUGAAGGCAUGAUUCCAAAUCAUAGAGAAUAGUCUCUCUUGCAACACUUUAAGAUUAGGGUUUAUGUAGUUCUAUCUAAUUUAACAUAGAACAUUUCUGUA